GUGCCGGUGCCGUUUGUCCCUCGUCCCGUCCCGUCCGCAGUACGUCCAUGAUCAGUGGCGCAGCGGUGUCGCAUUUUUAUUUGUAACAAACAAGUUUAAUUGUUUCAACAAACGAUCUCGUGCUUUGACGCGACAGCAUGUUGAUCAUGUUCUUCCAGUUGUGCUGAAUCUUUUCGUAGCGACGCUUCUUACUACUUGGUUCAGAAAGCAUGAGGCUGCGAGUGAGACUGCAUAAACACACGAGUCGCCUGGAGCUGGACGGAGACGCGCCCUCGCUGACGGAUCUCGCCAUCCACGUCAAGGAAAUCAUCCUGCCAUCCUGCGGCCUUAGCCCGGAGACAGAGUUUAGCCUCUCCCUGAAUGGCAACGAGCCUCUCAUCGAUUCGGGCCAAAGUCUGUCCUCGUGUGGAAUUGUUUCAGGGGACCUGAUCUGCGUGAUUCUAGCCCAGGUGGACAGACCAGCCCCAUCCGUCGUUUCUAGCCGCGGGAGCAACAGUGAUGCUUCACCAACGAGGCAGUGUGAGAAGCAACCCCUGGCAGCUAAGCAUUCCGCCGAGGCUGGCGCCAGCAGCGCUCACGUCCACGUAAGAGAGGAGGACCGAGGCCCGGAAGCGGAGCAGGACUCGGACCUUGGUCUCUUCAGCCCGGAGCCCAUGCUGUGCAGCGAGGCGGAGGAGGGGAAGGUGCCCCACUCGCUGGAUGUCCUGUACCACAGGGCGCAGAGUCGGAGCCCCUGCGACUCUGUCGUGGUGGCCGCUCACUGCCUCAUGCUGGAGACGGGCUUUGUGCCCCUGGGGUCUGAAGGGAGACCUGGCGAGAUGCCCCCGGGAUGGAGAGAAGAAGGGGGUGUGUACAGGCUGCAGUACUCUCAUGUGCUGUGUGAGCACGGCCUGACUGCGAUCGUCGCUGUACCCAUGGGGGUCAUGCUUGUCAUCAAUGCGAUUAUGAAAAUAAAUGAGACUGUGGAAAACGCACAGAAGCUGCUGCUCAGACCAUCUGCAUACGUGACUGAGAGAUGGGCAGGUGAAAGCGCUGCUGUUGUCUACAGAGAUUUAAAGAAACUGUCCCGCAUUUUCAAAGAUCAGCUUGUUUAUCCGCUCAUAGCAACUGCUAGACAAGCCAUGAAUUUGCCGGCAGCGUUUGGCCCGACGGCUCUCCCCCCCGAGCUCUUACUGCGGGUUUUGAGGCUGUUGGAUGUGGCGUCUGUCGUGGCCCUUUCGGCCGUGAACCACGAGCUCCACGUCGCCGCUGCCGACCCCUCCCUAUGGAGACACCUGUACCACAGAGACUUCAGGGAUUCCAGCAGCCGACCAAGAGACACUGACUGGAAGGAUCUCUACAAAAAGAAAUACAAGCAACGGAGGGAGGAACGUCUUUUCCGGCACCCCCGGCUGUUCCAUCCAGUUCCCCCGCAGCCCUUGCCUUUCAGCCCCUUCCCCUACAGCCCCUACAGCCCCAACCCUAUUUACCCCCCUGGUAUUAUUGGUGGAGAAUAUGACCAGCGGCCUGGGAUGCCAUAUUCUCUUUUGCCCCGUCCUCGCAUUGACCCUGUUGGCCCCCAGCCUGCGCCUGGACCUAACCCUGGUCUCGUGGGCUCCGUUGGCCAGAGGUCCCUGAGGCCAUCCGGUAACCGGGCAUCAGACAUCAGGCGAGGUUUUGUAUAACCUAUUCAUUAAAGAGGAUGCUUUUCACGAUAUUUAAUUAUGUUGGGGCCCAGAAGAGAACGUCUUUGUUGGUAUUGCAAGUUUCUGCAUUUUUUAAACACCAAAAUGUAACUCUGAGCUUGAUGCAUUCUACUAUCCUAGGGUCUUAGCACCUUCUUACAGAGUCAUGCAAUAAGUUCCCCUCCUCCCAUUUUCAUCAACUACUUGUCUUACAGAAGGUCACAGCAGUCUACUUUCCAUCCUGGAAGCAUAGGGCACAAGACGGUGUUGAACAAUAACAAGUGUCUUGUUGAGAGGGCAAAAGUAGAUGAGUCUAAGAUCACUUUGAUACAACGCCAUAAUGUCUGUUUUGCAAUAUUCAUUUGAUCUCACUUUGAGAUGAGAGUUUACAACUAACCAAAUGUACAAGAGAUUUUUUUUUCUUUUUGCUCUGUACAGUUGCUCUUCAUAUAAAGGCAUUCAGUAAAUUUCAGAAUGGCUAAAUGAU